AGCCUCUUCCUUCUUCUCUAAUCAGUGAUUUCCAUCGCUCAUGGAGAGCCGUUGUGCCUGGAGCCUUUUGAGUCAAACCAGGGAGGACAUUACCCCAAAAAUGUUCAUUUUACUUCUUCCAGGAUUUAUUGCAGCUUUGUCAGUUUUCCUCUCCAGCCAGAUGGCUCCGGUAACUGCCCUACCAGUUCAGAACACUACCUCUUCAAGGCUCGAAAACAUGGACAGCAUUUCUGCGGCAAACACCAUUUUUGCCCUCAACCUCUUCAAGAAGCUUAGUGCAAAUGAUUCUUCCCAAAACUUGUUUUUUUCUCCUUUGAGUUUGUCUUCUGCACUGCUAAUGGUCUCGUUGGGUGCCAGAAAUAACACAGAAGCUCAGAUACUAAAGGUGCUCUCUGUACCCAACGAUGGAGAGGUUCACCAAAGAUUUGAGAAACUUAUUGCUGAUAUCAACAAACCAGGUGCCAAUUAUAGCCUCAGUCUAGUCAACCAGCUCUUUGGAGAAACAUCAUAUGAUUUUCUUGCAUCAUAUAUAGAAUCCAUUCGGAGAUUCUACCAUGCAGGUCUGGAGAAACUUAACUUCACACAAGCUUCAGAAGAUUCAAGAAGACAUAUAAAUGCCUGGGUAGAAGAAAAAACAUCAGGAAAAAUUCAGGAUCUGCUUGUCCCUGGAAUAAUUGAUUCGCUUACAAGACUGGUUUUGGUGAAUGCGAUCUAUUUCAAGGGAAACUGGGCAAAUAAGUUCAACAAAAAUUACACAGAGGAAAAGCCCUUCUGGGUUAACAAGAAUGAAAGGAAAAUAGUGCAGAUGAUGUUCAGGAAAGGAGAAUAUAACAUGGCUCACAUAUCGGCCGAUCGGAUUUCCAUUCUUGAGCUUCCAUAUUAUGAUAAUGACUUGAGCAUGAUCAUUCUGCUCCCUGAUGAGAUUGAAGAUAACUCUACUGGAUUGGAAAAGCUGGAGAGAGAAAUUACAUAUGAGAAACUCAUGGACUGGAUCAAUCCAGAGAGGAUGGACCUAAGAGAAAUUGAACUCUCUCUUCCCAAAUUUAAAUUGGAAGAAAAAUAUGACCUGAAGCCGGUUCUGAGAAGCAUGGGAAUGACGGAUGCAUUUGAUGAGGACAAGGCAGACUUCUCUGGAAUGUCAACUAACAAUGAUUUAGUCAUAUCUGAAGUUGUUCACAAAUCAUUCAUAGAAGUCAACGAAGAAGGCACUGAGGCAGCUGCUGCCACUGCUGUAAUAGGGGUAUUUAAGAGUGCAAAUGUUGCAGACAAAUUCAAAGCUGACCAUCCCUUCUACUUUUUGGUUAUCAAUCGAGCUGAAAAGAACAUCCUGUUCUUUGGUAGGUAUAGUUCUCCAUAAUGGAUGCAUCCAUCAUAUGUUGGUACAAUGGCUCUGACCCUUAAUUCCUCAUCAGAUUUGCUUUAACCAUGUGGUCACUACCACACUUAAUGAUCUUCUCUGUAAUUGGGGUAGAGAUAGUUCCUUCGUAAUACUCUAUAAUACUGGAUUUUAAUUCUUUCUUUCCAGAAUUAUUUUUAAUCAAUUCAAGAUAAUAAGUUUUUAGUACAAGUGUUCUGAUUGGUAGAUAAAUCCUGCAAAAUUGCUUUGUUUAUAUAGGAAUGUGGGCUGUGAGGGAAUAGUUGCUAAGCAUGAAUCAAGGUAUUACAACACAGAUGUAAUUAUGUAUUUGCCCAGUGUAAAUUUCCAUAUGAUGAUACAAGUAUAGUCAGCUCAGCUUCCAUUGUGACAUCAUGUUUUUUCAUUUGAAUGACACCAUGCCUAGCUGUACUUGCCUCUGCUUGGCUUAUAAUAGCAAGUGUACAACAGUGCUAGAAUGAGCAACAUAUUUAUUUUUGUGAUCAUCAUUUAAUCAAGAAAUUUGAUUCUAUGUAACUCAAAUAUUUACAAAUUAUAUUUACCUUAUAUAAUUCUUAUUUUGCUGCAGUCUUUCAUGUAAUCAAAAUUGAAAUAAAAGAGCAUUUGAUUA